AUGAACGAAAAUUUAUUUGCCCCUUUUAUAAUCCCAAUAAUGCUAGGCAUUCCUAUCACCACUCUAAUCAUCAUUCUCCCAUCUGUCUUAUUUCCUACACCAAAUCGUCUAAUCAACAAUCGUACGAUCUCCAUUCAACAAUGAUUAACCAAGCUCACAUCAAAACAACUAAUAAACAUACACAGUCCUAAAGGACAAACUUGAUCUCUAAUACUCAUUUCACUGUUCCUAUUUAUUGCCUCCACUAAUCUCCUUGGAAUAUUACCCCACUCAUUUACACCCACCACACAACUUUCAAUGAACAUAGGAAUGGCUAUCCCCCUAUGGGCUGGUACCGUUGCCACAGGCUUUCGCAACAAAACAAAAAUAUCCUUAGCCCACUUACUACCACAAGGUACACCCACCUUUCUUAUUCCUAUGCUAGUAAUCAUUGAAACCAUCAGUCUAUUUAUCCAACCAGUGGCACUAGCCGUACGACUAACUGCCAAUAUCACAGCAGGUCACUUACUAAUACACCUGAUCGGAGAGACAACCCUUGUACUAAUAAACACCAGCCUAUUUACAGCCCUUAUCACUUUCACCAUCCUUGCUCUAUUAACCAUUCUUGAAUUUGCUGUCGCCCUUAUUCAAGCUUACGUAUUUACUCUUUUAGUAAGCCUAUACCUUCACGAUAAUACAUAAUGACCCACCAAACCCACUCAUACCACAUAGUAAACCCCAGCCCUUGACCUCUCACUGGAGCUCUAUCAGCACUUCUCAUAACAUCAGGCCUAAUUAUAUGAUUCCAUUUCAACUCAAUAGUCCUACUAACUCUAGGCUUAUCAACAAACAUUCUAACAAUGUAUCAAUGAUGACGAGAUAUCAUCCGAGAAAGCACCUUCCAAGGCCACCACACACCAACCGUCCAAAAAGGAUUACGAUACGGAAUAAUUCUAUUCAUUGUCUCAGAAGUCCUAUUUUUCACAGGCUUCUUCUGAGCCUUUUACCAUUCAAGCCUUGCCCCCACUCCAGAACUAGGCGGAUGUUGACCACCGACAGGCAUCCAUCCUUUAAAUCCCUUAGAAGUUCCCCUCCUCAACACCUCCGUACUACUAGCCUCUGGCGUAUCUAUUACCUGAGCUCACCAUAGCCUAAUAGAAGGGGACCGCAAACACAUACUUCAAGCCCUCUUUAUCACAAUUGCACUAGGCCUCUACUUCACCCUAUUACAAGCAUCAGAGUACUACGAAGCCCCUUUCACAAUCUCAGACGGAAUUUACGGCUCUACCUUCUUUGUGGCCACAGGUUUUCACGGGUUACAUGUAAUUAUUGGGUCUACUUUCCUUAUUGUCUGCUUCCUACGUCAAGUAAAAUUCCACUUCACAUCAAACCACCACUUCGGCUUUGAAGCUGCCGCUUGAUACUGACACUUUGUAGACGUCGUAUGACUAUUUCUCUACGUAUCUAUCUAUUGAUGAGGUUCCUA